AUGAAACACAGUAUAAUUUGGUUGUGUUUUUUUGCUUUAUUCUUCACAAAUGCCAUAAACAUGUAAGCUAAAAAAAUAAAUAGAGUAUAUAGGAAGAAUAAGUACCUUUAUAACCUGAGUAAUAAAAACAAAAGAUUCAACAUAUCAAACUCAAUGAAAAAAUUGUGAAUGUAAAAGACUCACAAGAUUUCUAUAAUUUUGUGGCUUUAAAUCAAAAAAAAUUGUUUGAAAAUUAAUUCAUUUAGAAAUCUUCUGCCUCUGAAAAUCUAAGAUUACAUAAUUUUAAAAACAUCCAAUACACAGCAGAUAUAGGAAUUGAUUAAUCUGGAAAUGUUUUUAAAGUUGUAUUAGACACAGGUAGUGCAAAUCUUUGGAUUGAUUCAAAUAGAUGUUAAGAGCCAGGUUGUUUGAGACAUAAACAAUACAAACACGAAGACAGUCAUUCGUUUUUGCCAUUAAAUUAAGAAUUAACAGUAGAAUUUGGUAGUGGAGAAUUAAAAGGAAUUGUUAAUUCUGAUUCUAUAUAUUUUGGAGAUAUUAAAUUACCUAGAUAAAACUUAGCUGAAAUAACAAGUGAAAAUGGAAUUAUUUUCAAAAGUCUUGAUUUUGAUGGAAUUCUUGGUUUAGCAUAUCCAUAGAUGGCUCCCAAAAAUUUUAAUCCUGUCUUUGAUAAUAUGAUGUAAUAAAAUGCUCUAGAAAAAAUUAAUUUGCCUUUUAUUUUGCCAAAGAUCCAAAUGAUAUUACACAUAGUAAAUUUACUUUAGGUGGAUAUAAUGAAGCUCAUAUUGAUGGAGAUAUUAAUUAUCAUAAUGUUAUUGAUAAAUAUUAUUGGAUGAUUAAAGCUGAUAGUAUUUUAGUAGGAGGUUAAGACAUUGGAUUAUGUAAUGAUGGAUCAUGUAAAUUAAUUGUUGAUACUGGAACAUCCAUUAUGAGUGGACCCAUGGAUGAUGUAGGCACUUUAUUAAGGAAUUUGAAUGUAAAGGAUCAUUGUUCCUAAAGCAAAUCCUUUCCUACAAUUACAUUCAAAAUUGAUGGAAUUGAUUACACUUUAGAACCUGAAGAAUAUGUCAAACCUACAACUAAUGAUAAUUCUGCAUUUGCUGAAAUGAAUAGCUCAGAAGAUUGUAUAUAAUUUAAAUCUAUUAUAGAAUCUAUGGUUGAAGUAAAUAGUUGGGAUUGUAUUGCUUCUUUUAUUCCCUUAGAUAUUCAAGAACCUUAAGGACCAGCUUGGAUUCUUGGAGAUGUCUUCUUAAGGAAAUAUUAUAGCAUCUAUGAUAGAGAUAAUGAUAGAGUUGGUUUUGCAAAAUCUAAAUAAUGAUUGAACACCCAUUANUUUGGUUGUGUUUUUUUGCUUUAUUCUUCACAAAUGCCAUAAACAUGUAAGCUAAAAAAAUAAAUAGAGUAUAUAGGAAGAAUAAGUACCUUUAUAACCUGAGUAAUAAAAACAAAAGAUUCAACAUAUCAAACUCAAUGAAAAAAUUGUGAAUGUAAAAGACUCACAAGAUUUCUAUAAUUUUGUGGCUUUAAAUCAAAAAAAAUUGUUUGAAAAUUAAUUCAUUUAGAAAUCUUCUGCCUCUGAAAAUCUAAGAUUACAUAAUUUUAAAAACAUCCAAUACACAGCAGAUAUAGGAAUUGAUUAAUCUGGAAAUGUUUUUAAAGUUGUAUUAGACACAGGUAGUGCAAAUCUUUGGAUUGAUUCAAAUAGAUGUUAAGAGCCAGGUUGUUUGAGACAUAAACAAUACAAACACGAAGACAGUCAUUCGUUUUUGCCAUUAAAUUAAGAAUUAACAGUAGAAUUUGGUAGUGGAGAAUUAAAAGGAAUUGUUAAUUCUGAUUCUAUAUAUUUUGGAGAUAUUAAAUUACCUAGAUAAAACUUAGCUGAAAUAACAAGUGAAAAUGGAAUUAUUUUCAAAAGUCUUGAUUUUGAUGGAAUUCUUGGUUUAGCAUAUCCAUAGAUGGCUCCCAAAAAUUUUAAUCCUGUCUUUGAUAAUAUGAUGUAAUAAAAUGCUCUAGAAAAAAUUAAUUUGCCUUUUAUUUUGCCAAAGAUCCAAAUGAUAUUACACAUAGUAAAUUUACUUUAGGUGGAUAUAAUGAAGCUCAUAUUGAUGGAGAUAUUAAUUAUCAUAAUGUUAUUGAUAAAUAUUAUUGGAUGAUUAAAGCUGAUAGUAUUUUAGUAGGAGGUUAAGACAUUGGAUUAUGUAAUGAUGGAUCAUGUAAAUUAAUUGUUGAUACUGGAACAUCCAUUAUGAGUGGACCCAUGGAUGAUGUAGGCACUUUAUUAAGGAAUUUGAAUGUAAAGGAUCAUUGUUCCUAAAGCAAAUCCUUUCCUACAAUUACAUUCAAAAUUGAUGGAAUUGAUUACACUUUAGAACCUGAAGAAUAUGUCAAACCUACAACUAAUGAUAAUUCUGCAUUUGCUGAAAUGAAUAGCUCAGAAGAUUGUAUAUAAUUUAAAUCUAUUAUAGAAUCUAUGGUUGAAGUAAAUAGUUGGGAUUGUAUUGCUUCUUUUAUUCCCUUAGAUAUUCAAGAACCUUAAGGACCAGCUUGGAUUCUUGGAGAUGUCUUCUUAAGGAAAUAUUAUAGCAUCUAUGAUAGAGAUAAUGAUAGAGUUGGUUUUGCAAAAUCUAAAUAAUGA